AUGAUGCUCAUACAAUCCUCACUCGUGGCUCUGGCCCUCUUCACAACCUCAUGCACCGCCAUCUCAAAAAACUUCUACCCCUCCUCGAAACGCGGCCUCAUCUACAUCCCCAACUCCGACUUCCCCAGCGAUGACAAAGUCUGGGUCCAAAAACACUCCGACCUAACAUGGUAUUACAACUACAAACCGCACGCCAGCCCCGUCUACGAGAACAACACCUCCCUCCAAUUCGUCCCUAUGCUCUGGGGCACCCCCGACGGCUUCGAUGACACUUCCUUUCUAGAGAACGUCACGGCGCAGAUCAUCGGCGGCCGAAACAUCUCGUACGUGAUGGGCUUCAACGAGCCUGAUAACUCAAUGGCCAACGGCGGCAGUGACAUGAAGGCAAAAGAUGCAGCGAGGUACUGGAUCAAACAGCUCGAGCCGCUGAGAAAACUAGGUGUUUCGCUUGGUGCGCCUGCGGUGACGGGUGCUCCGUCGGGGUUCACGUGGCUUGCGGACUUUGUAGAAGCUUGCAAGGGGAACUGUACGUUUGACUUUAUUCCUAUACAUUGGUACGGAAGCUUUGAUGGUAUGGCGAGUCAUAUCGCUGGUGUGUUGGAUGUGUUUCCGGGGAAGAAGAUCUGGGUCACUGAGUUUGCGCUGGACUUUUCAUCUUUGGCUGCGACGCAGGAUUACUUCCAGACGUCGGUGAAAUAUCUCGAUGGAAACAAGUAA